AAGCUUCUUGAAGUAAUCAACAGGUGAAGACAACAAGACCAUCUACAAAUUCCACAAUCUUUCAGCGCCCGUCGACCUUUCACUCUUGGGCAACCAUUUCAAACAGACAGUAACCUACAAGAUGGGUUCUGAUCCUCAGUAUGCGAAGUACCCUCUUCUACCUCUCGCCCAGCACAUUUUCACUCUCACCAAUCCUUCCGCCCCAAAAGCAACUCAACAGACUUCAUUGAAGAGCCUUCAAGAUGCCAUCACGGAGCAUAAGAUGGCGCCUUUGUACCGGUACCUUGCACAUCCAGCAGAGGGAAUUCUGAACGAGUCCGGUGUCAGCGCCUCACAACCAACGAAGCCUCUCGGACGAAAACCAAGUGCAGCGGGCAUGGUAGCAAGCAAACACUCGAUACCAAAGGUUGAUCUACCAUGGGACGAGGCUCUGUAUGAGAAGCUAAAGAAGGAGAAUGAUGAGGAGUUGGAAAGCUUCAAGAAGGAGGAAGAAGAGGCGGCGGAGAAGGCUGGUGACACAGAGGUCCAAGCCGCAAGAGGAAAGAGAGCAGAGUUUUGGGCACGAGUGGGUGACAAGGACCGAGCGAUUGCUGCUUACGAAGAGGUUUUCGAGAAGACUGGUGUCUUGGGAACCAAGAUUGAUCUCGUGCUUGCUAUCAUCCGGAUGGGCUUAUUCUACGGCGACAAAGCACUUGUCAAGAAGCAUGUUGACCGCGCAAAGACAUUGGUUGAAAGUGGCGGAGACUGGGAUCGAAGAAAUCGAUUAAAGGCCUACCAAGGCUUGUACCUGUUAGGCGUUCGCUCCUACAAUCUAGCCGCACCUCUUCUCCUCGACAGUCUCUCAACCUUCACAAGCUACGAACUCUGCAGCUACUCGUCUCUGGUAGUAUACUCCGUACUGGCUGGAUCUGUGUCCCUAAAGAGAAACGACUUUAAGUCAAAGGUGGUUGAUGCACCUGAGAUCAAGGCAAUACUUGGCGAUGGCGAGGACAAGCUUUUGGCGCUUUCAGGAGCAUUAUCGGCUGGUCCCGGAGCUGACGAAGAAAUGAAGGAUGUUUCUUCCGCAACGCCUGCUAAGACCGCCGUCAAUCUCACCACUCUUGGAAGCGACCAACCCGAAGCAGAAGCUGCUCUCGAUUUCUCACCACUUGCCCAGCUUGUCAGCAGCUUGUAUAACGGAAGCUAUCGAUCAUUCUUUGGAGCUCUUGCAGCAGUGGAAGUGAGCUUCUUGAACCAAGACCGAUAUCUGUAUGAACACCGAGGGUGGUUCGUUCGCGAGAUGCGUCUUCGUGCAUAUCAGCAAUUACUCCAAAGUUACCGAGUAGUGGGGCUGGAGAGCAUGGCUAAUGACUUCGGUGUCUCGGUCGAUUUCCUUGAUCGGGACCUAGCGAAGUUCAUCGCUGCUGGACGAAUUCCUUGUACCAUUGACCGCGUGACAGGAAAGGGCAUUAUCGAGACCAACAGACCGGAUGAUAAAAACAAGCAAUAUAGUGACGUCGUGAAGCAGGGUGAUCAACUUAUCACCAAGUUACAGAAAUAUGGUCAAGCUGUCAGGUUGCGAGGAAGUGAGCGGGCAUAGGGAGGACAAGUAUUACGACGAUGAGCGCAUUCAUGCACACUUUGCCCUUUGUACGAUAUUACGGCGAAUAGAGGAGCGUCUUUGCACGAAUAGAUCUACAGUCUGUCAAAAAGGACUCCGGCGGAGAUGAUGUGUUCGCCGAAUGAGUGAGGCGACUUAUAUUGGCUUGAAAAGGAAAGACACGAGUCUAACUUCGAGAGUGCUUUCUUGCUACUUCUAUAUACAUCAUUUUUCAAUCCUAUAAGUUGAGCUUGGGCCAGGUGUUAAUCACGAGUGUGUCAUUAGUGGAGUCCUGGUAUUCUCGAACAGUUGGUUAUCGCAACCGUUCAUUUAUUGCACGGAAGAAACUACGUUUCUCGGG